AUGGCUGGAUUGAAGACUAACACACAUGUAAAGUUCCCCACAUUACAGCAUGAAAAAAAAGAAAAAAAGAAACGAGAACAAGAACGACUUCUCAUACCAUUUUCGUUUAACAACACAGCACCAGAUUUAUCCCUCGCAUUUAGCAUUCAAAUACAGAGGUUUCAUGUGUUUGGAAUCUCUGGUUUAAAGAACAACUUAAAUACUGAUAAACGGAAGUUAUUAUCCUUAAGGCGUGAAAAAAACUUAGAAGAAAGGGAUACAAGAGAAGUUGAAGACGAAAAAUCUUAUCCACAGUUUUACUCGGGACAAAAACGAAAGAAUAAUAUAAAUGGAAAUUGCCGUUUACGUUUUUGCACGAGGCAGGGAAAUGGUAUUUUGAUUUGUGAGCGACAUAUGUACGGAAGUGAUCUUCAUGUUUAUGAUUUCAAAAGGCUUUGUACCGAACUGACACUUCAAAUGAACCUAUUUCUUGAUAUCUACCCUGUUAUUCCGGGCUUUUGGAGACAAUUGAUAACAGAAGCUCGUUAUUUACAGCGACACAUUGUUAUAAAAAGGACUGUUCGGAAGCUUUCGAAGCUUUCGUAUAACAGUAGAGUAGUUGAUUCUGUAUGGAUUUCCUUUAUGCAAAAAUUAUCAGAUGUCAAGAAAAAGUUCGACGAGAUAAUUUAUUUCGAGGUUCUUAGACCUUUCACAAAUUAUUAA